AAUACUACAUUGGGGAAUAAAUGAUGAAGAAGUUGUGGGAGAAGGUCGGUGGCAAAGCAGUGAUAAGGAGGCAUUGGUUAAUGGAGUUUCUAUUGGACCAAAAGCUGUUAAAAUAUUCCUAGAUGUUGUGCUAGAAUCUGAAACAUUUUUAUGGAGGCCCAAUUCAAAACUGACAAUCCUAGAAGACUGUUUGAAGUCUUUUAUAGCAUGGCCUUUGCAUAGAGGAAUGUUCUUCGGAGUAAACAGUGAAACCUCAGAAAAAUUCACAAUCCUUUUUACAGUUUUCUACUCAACAAAGUCAGAAUCUCUCUCUUUCCUCUCUCUCGACGAAACGGCGAAUCGAUGGACGACGGAGGCGAGUUUGCCGGCGGCGGUUUCAUGCAUUCUCAGGCGACUACUCCUUUCGCAUGACUCCUCUUCGUCCCUCAAGCCCAAUUGUAUCAUAUUAGCUAUAUCCCCUGCUAACCAAGACAUAAUAGCCACAUCGGAUGCAAUUAAGCUCGCCAAAGAUGUCGAUCCAACAGGUUUGUUUGCUGUUUUGUUGCGAAUGAUUAAAGUAUUUCGCAGGAGCUUCUUGAAGGUGUACCUUUUGGCAACUUUGCUUCUGUUCAGUGCUCUUGCUAUGGAGGCUUUUCUCAAGAAAAUGGCAGAAACAGGACAAGGUAAGCUCUAUGGGAAAGAACCAACACAUAGAGCUUAAAGUAUUGUUGCAGGUUUGUUGCAGGUUUUGCUGAAAGAGAGCGUGGUAUCACCAUCGACAUUGCCCUUUGGAAGUUCGAGACCACCAAGUACUAUUGCACAGUCAUUGAUGCUCCUGGUCACCGUGAUUUCAUCAAGAACAUGAUUACCGGUACUUCCCAGGCUGAUUGUGCUGUCCUUGUCAUUGACUCCACCACUGGUGGUUUUGAGGCUGGUAUCUCCAAGGAUGGUCAGACCCGUGAGCACGCUCUCCUUGCUUUCACCUUGGUGUCAAGCAGAUGAUCUGCUGUUGUAACAAGGUAACCAAAUUAUCAUCAUGAACCACCCUGGUCAGAUUGGAAACGGUUACGAUGAUUGCCACACCUCUCAAGCGUUUUUUUUUGUUUAUGUAAUAUAUG